UCCCCUUCUGUAGACCUGAAGCAGCUUCCAGUGAAAUAUUUCUGUGACCUUCUCUGGCAGUUCCUGUAUUUAUUGACAAAGAUAAGUACACUGCUAUAGUUAUUUUAGAAAAUCGUAGCGGGUCACUGGGCAGCAAUUUACAAGAUCAUUUCCCCCUGCCUAAAAUUAAGGUGAAUCAGAGUUUCUAAGGACUCCCUGAGAGCCGGGUAAGCUCCGUGUCAUCCAAUCACCUGUGGCUGCUUUUCCUCCACCCCCUCGGAGCAUGCAGCUUCACACCACCUACUGUUUCCACUUUUUAAGGCAGAUAUUUAAGUAAAACCACCCUGAACAUUUGCUGCCUCCGUUUACAGAUAACCAGGAGUUGAAUAUUAUUGUUGGCAUUCUUCAUCCAAAAUGAUAACUUGUGGACCAGCCCUGUCAUUUGUGCGGUGCCUUUUGAGAAGAAAAAUCAUCACUCUGGACAGCCUUGAAGAUUCCAAAUUAUGCCGCUGUUUAUCUACGGUGGACCUUAUUGCUCUCGGCGUAGGAAGCACCCUGGGGGCAGGUGUUUAUGUCCUUGCUGGAGAAGUGGCAAAGGCUGAUUCUGGGCCCAGUAUUGUUAUUUCUUUCCUCAUAGCCGCCUUGGCUUCUGUGAUGGCAGGUCUCUGCUACGCUGAAUUUGGUGCGCGUGUUCCAAAAACCGGCUCUGCCUAUCUCUAUACUUACGUAACCGUUGGGGAACUCUGGGCUUUUAUCACUGGCUGGAAUCUCAUUUUGUCCUAUGUGAUAGGGACAUCCAGUGUAGCAAGAGCAUGGAGUGGCACCUUUGAUGAGCUACUUGGGAAACAAAUUGGUUAUUUUUUUAGAACCUACUUCAGAAUGAAUUAUUCUGGUCUAGCAGAGUAUCCAGAUUUUUUUGCAGUCUGUCUUAUAUUACUCCUGGCAGGCUUGUUAUCAUUUGGAGUAAAAGAAUCUGCUUGGGUGAAUAAAGUCUUCACUGCCAUUAACAUCUUGGUCCUCCUCUUUGUGAUGAUUUCUGGUUUUGUGAAAGGAGACAUGAACAACUGGAAGAAAACUGAAGAAUAUCUUAUAAACUACACAGUAUACAUACAAAACCUAUCCUCUUCUGAGAAUGUGACCAGUGCAUUUGGAGUUGGUGGCUUCAUGCCAUAUGGGUUUACAGGAACACUGGCUGGUGCAGCUACUUGCUUCUAUGCCUUUAUAGGAUUUGACUGCAUUGCAACAACUGGGGAAGAGGUCAGGAAUCCCCAGAAAGCCAUACCUAUUGGAAUUGUAACUUCCCUACUGGUCUGUUUUAUGGCCUAUUUUGGUGUUUCAGCUGCUUUGACUCUCAUGAUGCCAUACUACUUAAUAGAUGAGAAGAGUCCUCUCCCUGUAGCAUUUGAAUAUGUUGGAUGGGGACCGGCAAAGUAUCUUGUAGCAGUGGGAUCUCUGUGCGCUUUAUCCACAAGUCUUCUGGGCUCUAUGUUCCCUUUGCCCCGCAUUCUGUUUGCCAUGGCACGAGAUGGUUUACUCUUUAGAUUUCUUGCCAAAGUGAGCAAGAGGCAGUCUCCUGUUGCUGCCACGCUGACAGCAGGGUGCAUUUCUGCUCUAAUGGCUUUUCUUUUUGACCUAAAAGCCUUAGUAGACAUGAUGUCUAUUGGUACGCUUCUUGCCUACUCUCUCGUUGCGGCCUGUGUUCUCAUUCUUAGGUACCAACCCAGUUUAAAUUAUGAGCAACCCAAAUAUUCCACAGAAAAAGAGUCUCUUGCAGGAUCAGAGAGGGAAUCAAUGGCAAGUGAAUCUCAAAUGAGUAUGCUGCAAGGGCACAGUUUCAGCCUCUUAACCUUGAUUAAUCCGUCAAGUCUGCCAACCGAACAGUCUGCCACCAUGGUCAGCUUUCUGGUGGGCUUGCUGGCCGUUGUAGUUUGUGGCUUAAGCAUUCUGAUCACCUAUGGGAUUAAUUUCCUUGCUAAUCUGGAGCUCUGGAGUAUUGGCCUUCUUGCAGCUCUCGCAGCACUGCUCGCCAUUGUCAUAUUUGCCAUCUGGAGGCAACCUCAAAGUCAACAAAAAGUAACGUUUAUGGUUCCAUUCUUGCCACUUUUGCCAUCUUUUAGUAUCCUGGUCAAUAUUUACUUGAUGGUACAGUUAAGUGGAGAGACGUGGGCCCGCUUUAGCAUCUGGAUGGCUCUUGGUUUCCUUAUUUAUUUUGCUUAUGGUAUACGACAUAGUAAAGAGGGCCGUCCUCGGGAAGAUGAUGAAGAUAGCCUGGAUGACCAUCCCGGGGAUGAUGACAGCUGCUUGGGAAAAAGUGCAACUCCAGAGAAGAAUCCUCUGAGAGGGCCCAACGAGAACCAGAAUUCAAGUGAAAGUGCUUACUUUAUUACCAGUGAAAGGACAAGUGAAUGUUAACAGCCGCCCACUGCUGCAUCAUGUGUGUCUAUCAAGCAAUGAACUGUAAAAGAACGGAGUUGCUAAAAGAAAUAGUCAAACACCUUGCUGAUGAAGAAUUAACAAUAACGUACGCUUUACAAAAAUGUCUCCUAGAAAGCGUGAAUGAUGAGCUGGAGCGGCUGCUAGAUGAGAUCUUAUCCAGAAGUGAUUUCCCUGUGGUGGUGGUAGUGGGGGCUGUACUUCAGAUAACAACUGAGAUGGUGAUGGGAAGGGAAUUGUUCAAAUUGGCUGAUUUGUCUAUCAUGCUAAACAUUUUGGUGACUUUUUUUCUGAGUAGAGUCCGACAUCUUGAAUUGGCAGUCGAUUACAACCGUUAACUAAUUCCUAAGAAGAGCUUAAAGGUGGGCUGUCCGGAACAUCUUGGUUUGUGUUUCUGGAGUCAUGUGGUGGUAGAGGUGUCUCUAAUAACCUGGUUAUUAGACACACAACUAUUCUGCAUACCUGAAUUUUUUAAAAAAUGCUCAAGAGGUGGUAGGUAAAGAAUGCAAAUCACAUAAAUGUGGUACAGCUUCACAGCACUGUGUGCUGUGUUUUAAGAAAGCUGUGCAUGUUGCCAUAUUCAUGCAAUGGCUUGGAUCCACCAGAAAUUUCUGUGGACAGGAGAGAUUCCUGAUCAUGGAGUGGAAUCUCCCUCCUGCUGCAGCCCAAAAUGCUGCUUCUGGGGAAAAGGGGACCUCCCCAGGAAUAGCCUUGGAGGUUUGUAGUGGAAGGGAUUGGCUAAAACAGCCCCAGUUUCUCUGCAUGGGGGUCCUCCAUGAGAUCCAACCCUAUGCUUUCUUUUUGCAAAUCAUGCAAGCAACGAACAUUAUUAUGAAAAAUGGUAAAAGAACGGUAUUUUUAAAAAUUAAUAACUUGUGCCUGCUGAUGUAGAAUCGUUAUUGAAACGGUCUCCUGUCAUUGUUGUUCUAAGUCCUUCGUCCUUGUCAGUGAAAAUCAGCAGCCACAGGGCGGUUUCCAGGCUUGAAGAAAGCUAAGCACUAGCAGCCAUUAUACAUCUUUGGAACUGUGGCAAGUAGGGAAGGGCCCCAUGAUACAGCUGAAUGUGUGAACCCUCUGAUGAAAAGUCAUUUCCACAGGUACUUGACCAGAAAAAAAACAAAACAUGACUCUGGUCAACCAGUUGUGAUUAUAUAUUUCUGCAGCUACGGAAUAUGAAAUUUCCAAGCGUGCAGAGUUCUCUUCCCUUGCAGUAAUAUCAUGGAGUACUGGGCCCUUCAAUGUCUUGAUAACUGAUUUAGUAUUUUUAUAUAAAUCACAAAGAAUACUAAUUUAUGGGAGGAUGGGUUUUAUCUCAGUAAGAGACCAGAUAUGUACAGAAGAAGGAAAGCUUCUGAUUUAAAAUAUCUGAAAUAUAAAAAGUGAUGUUUUCAGGGAUGAAUAAUCUUUAGUAUGAAAUAAUGUUUUAUAUAUAAAUUUUAGGUCACGGGCACCUUUGUUGAGGUACAAAGGGCCAAUUAGUGAGAUGAAUAUUUUUUACUGUACAGUAUCAUAACUUGCCUCUAUUGAAGGUGGCAGAGCCUAUGAUGUAUUUCUUUGUAACCAUUUGUGAAGAAGUAGUGAAAAAAUGCUUUAUGUGUAGUUUGCACAUUGGCCUGUACAUGAAGCAGUGAGAGAACAUAAAACCAUGCUAUUACCUAAGCCAGACAUGCCCCACAGCAUCUCCUUCCUCCUUGACGGAUUAUGAAAAAGAGAGAAAGGAAAGCUAUGAUGCUCUUUUGGGCAGAAGUGAUAACCAUACAGUUUAUCUGAUACCUUCUGGUUUCUAAGUAUUAGAAUCGUGUUGCCAUAAUCCUUCGAGCUUUUUGUUGUAACAGUGAGGGCUAGAAACCUACAUUUAAAAUUAAGUCCAAACUUUCAUAUUGGUAGUGCAAAAAGAGGAAGCAUGGGUGCACUUCACACACAACUUCUGAAGGCACCCUAGCCAUGGCUGCUUCCACUCAGUGGAGAUUCUCUCGGCCGCUGUGUGUAUCUGUUGCUGCUGUCAGGGCUCUUUUUGUAGAAAAAGCCCAGCAGGAACUCAUUAGCAUAAUAGGUCACACCCA